AUGGUUGCCGAAACAAAAUUGUACGAUGCUCUGGGAAUCCAGCCAAGCGCGAGCCAAGAAGAGAUCAAGAAGGCAUACAGGAAAGGAGCGCUGAAGUAUCACCCUGAUAAGAAUAAAGAUAAGCCUGAAGCUGGGGAAAAGUUCAAGGAGGUCUCACAAGCCUAUGAAGUGCUCUCUGACCCGGAGAAAAGAAAGGUUUACGACCAAUACGGACUCGAAUACCUCCUCCGAGGAGGCCCUUCAGCACCACCCGGGGCCGAAGCGGGAGGGAUGCCGGAAGGUUUUGGAGGCAUGCCAGGCUUUGGAGGCUUUGGCGGUAUGCCAGGCGGUGGACGAAGCUUCCACUUUUCUACUGGCCCAGGCGGUGGGGGUGGCUUCAAGUUCGACGAUCCUAGCAAUAUCUUUGCUCAAUUCGCGAAGAGCAGUGGUGGUGGUGGUGGUGGCGGCGGCGGUGGAGGAGGAAUGGGCGAAGAUGAUGAUAUAUUCAAUUUGUUUUCUGGCAUGGGCGGAGGGCGCUUUGGUGGGGGUGGUAGGAGCUCUGGAGGACCACAGAUGAGACCACAACGGCCAAGAACACCAGAGGUUACCACUGUCGAACGUCCCCUCCCUGUGACUUUGGAAGAACUCUUCUAUGGAGCUCACAAGAGGAUGAAGAUCAAACGCAAGACCUACGAUGAAGCAAGUGGUAAACGAAAAGUGGAAGACAAGAUCUUGGAGAUGGAUAUCAAGCCUGGCCUGAAAGCUGGCUCUAAGAUCAAGUUCAAAGGAGUAGGGGAUCAGGAGGAGGGGGGCCAACAAGACUUGGUCUUCAUUGUGACCGAGAAAGAACACCCGACAUUAAAACGAGAGGGCGAUGAUCUUAAGACGACCAUUGAACUGACACUGAAGGAGGCAUUGACAGGGUGGUCCAAGACUGUGACAACGAUAGAAGGGAGACAGCUGUCAGUCAGCGGAGGUGGCCCUACUCAACCGGGUCACCGAGAACGAUUCCCAAGUCUGGGCAUGCCAACAAAAAAGCCAGGUGAACGAGGGGAAUUCAUUGUUGAAGUCAAAGUCAGAUUUCCGACCUCACUAACACAAGCCCAAAAGGCGCAGUUGAAGGAGAUCCUACCAUGA